AUGGACCGUCCAGUGGGGCUCGGGGAAAAGGUUCCGCAAGCUGGGCACCGCGUCGAGGGGGGAUCUCACCGAUGGGACGGACGGAGAAGAGCUCAGUGCAGUGCGUCUCACGGGCAAGGCGAGCUGAUGGGAGCGCUCGGGGAUCGGUCGAGAGGCGAGAGCAGUGGAACGACAGCAAAGCUUAUUGGCAUGGCGAGGCGACGGAUACAGGGCCGGGCUGGACCGACGGAUGGUUACUGUCGGGUUAUUCUACCACCGGCUUUGUGGCGCGAUGAGUGCGCGCGCCAUAGCAGCUCUGCCGACGGCUCAGGGAGCGGAGGGAGAGAGCAGGAUGUGGUGAGAGUUCGGGCAGUAUUACUCAAAACCCCUAAAAAACAGUAUUACUCAAAAAAAAACCAACCAGCACCAGUCUCCGUCACUCUCUCCAUUCCCGCACAGUCCUUAGAUCUCACCCACUCCACUCCCUCCGCUCCCCCCCACAACCGGCGACUUCAUCUCCCACCGCCGCCCCCUCUCAUCCCUUCCCCUCCACUCAUCCGACGUCGAUCAGGUGCGCGCACCCUCGUCUCCCGCGGAGGUGGCGGCGAGGUGCAUGAACGCGGUGUGCGGCGCGCCCGCCCCGACGGCGGCGGGGUGGGCGAGUGGAGGAAGGACUGGCCGCUACGAUCCGGCGGCUUCGCCGUGCUCUGCGACAAGUGCGGCCAGAUGAAGGCCGUCGAAGAUCACAAGGGCAGCUUGCUAUUGUACAUGAUUUCAACACAUAAGGGCAGCUUGUUACAUUUUACAGAAACUCAUGAUGUUGGCAAUGGUAAGGGGGCGAAAUCAUGAAGGCACGGUUGGGUUGCAAGGUGCUCAAACUCUCAUAUUGCGAUUUGCCUACAACUUUGUUGGUAUGUUUGGUUGUUUGUAGUUUGUUUCUGUGACCUGUACUAAACUAUAUAGCAGCUAUUUGCAGUCUGACAUACAUCUGCAUAUACAAAACUCAGAGAAGUCAUGGAAAAAACUUGCUGUUAAGCAACUAUAUGGGCGUCAGAAAGAACUUCAGUCAUUUGUUUGAA